AUGCCCAAGGCCUCGACGCUAUUCUGUAAUUUUGGAGGUUCCGGACUGCCCGAACGGGUUGAAUUCCCCUCGAACACUCGUACCCUCCACCUCGUCUGCUCUUCCCGAACCUCACGACAAAUCGACCCGGGAUUUUUUGCCGAUAUCCCCAGUCUCCAUACGCUCAAUGUCAAGAUCUCUGCCGUCGAUUCCACUUUCCAAUUGACGGAGAACGAGUUGACGCCCUUGAGUCGUCUCGAAAAGCUUCACAUCUCAGGCUCCCGGCUCGUCGCCCUACCAUCAAAUACCUUUGCCAGCUGCCCCAUCUUAUGCGAAAAUGCGCUGGACCGUCUCGACUUCACCCCCGAGUGCCCAUCGAAGCUGAUCAUUGCCGACUUUUCGGGGAACCGGCUGAAGAAGUUGGACGCACAGUCGCUGGCUUUUUUGCCGUCGAUACGGCAGCUAUCGCUCGCGCGAGGGCUGCUCUCCUCGAUCUCGUCGGAGGCUUUUGCCCCUCUUGCUCUUCUACAGCAGCUAGAUUUGGAAGGAAAUCGGUUGGAGGAGUUGCCGGCGUUGCCGGAAAACCUGGUCCACGUCUCGCUAGCAAACAACGAAUUCCGACAGAUCCCCGACUCCAUGGCCGGCCUUGCGAAACUGGUCAGCCUCAACGUGUCUCGCAACUUCAUCGAGGAAGAUGACACACUCGAGCUGGGGACCGGCGAGUUGGAGACGGUCGAUUUGAGCUAUAAUCGAUUCCACCAUUUGCCGGCGAAGCUGUUGAACAAGUCGUUGGGGAACAUCGUAAAUCUCGAUCUUUCGGCGAAUCGGAUCGGUGAUUUGGGCACCGAGCGAUUCCAGAAGUUUGCACGGCUUCAGACUCUCUCCCUCGACGACAAUCAACUCCAAGAACUGCGCGACGGCGCCUUCUCGGGCCUUGUCUCCCUUUCUGAGCUCUCACUACGCAACAAUACCAUCAACGCCGUCGAAAAUUCGGCGUUUGCAGACCUUAGCGUCGCCGACCUCGACCUGGCCCAAAAUCAACUAACCGAAGCUCCGUUGGCCCUUGGGAAUUUGCGACGACUCAGCAGAGUCGAUCUAAGCCAGAAUAAGAUCAGUCGGCUAUUCAUGACGGUUUUCAAUCGCUCGCCUUCCCUUCACACCGUCGACUUGAGCCAUAAUGAUUUGCAUAUCGUGCCCGGCUACGUGUUCUCGGAUUGUCCACGAUUGGCUCGUCUCGAUUUGUCGGUCAACAAGAUUUCCCAGAUCGAGAAGGAUGCCCUUCGAAAGGUGCCAGUACUGCAUUUCUUGGACUUGUCGCAGAAUCGGUUGGGGAGCCUUGGAGGGUUGGAGGAGGCCGUCGGGCUGAAGACGUUCAACUUUUCGAUGAACCAUUUAGAGAUCUUGCAAUGGGACCAACUUCCGGCGAGUCUCGAGCACUUCUACGCUGACGCGAAUCGCAUCACGCUACUUGGAGCGGCGAUUGGAAGCAGAAUCCGUUCCGCCACAUUCCGCGAGAAUCACAUCGAACAGCUUGCCGCCGACCAGAUUCCCGUCACGAUCGAGAGGAUCGAUUUUACCUCGAAUAAAAUCCGCUCGAUCGCAAAGGACACUUUCCUCGGAAAAACUGCGGUCAGGGUGCUGAAUCUGGAAAAAAAUCUACUCGAAUCGAUCGCCUUCGAGGCGAUAGAACGGAAGGAACCACUUCAGACGCUCCAGUUGCAUUUGAAGAAUAAUCCACUCAGCUGCUCAUGUGAUAUGGAUUGGGCCAAAAAUAAGGACGAGAAAUCGGUGGAGAUCGUCGGCAAGGAGGAGACUUUCUGCCGGCAUCCGAUCCAGAAGAAUCGCGUGUCGCUGUCGGAUAUUCAGUCGAACGAUUUGUUGUGCGAAUAUGAGAAGGUUUGCGAGCCAGGCUGUAUUUGCUGUCAAUUCGGAUCGUGUGAUUGUCGAUCUGUCUGUCCGAAGGGAUGCCAGUGCUUCAGAGACGCAUCAUUUUCCACGAAUGUCGUCCGCUGCCAUGGAAACCCCGGGAAUAAGACUUUGUCACCCCGUGAUCUCCCUGUCCGCGCCACUCACAUCGAGCUGUCUGGUCUCGACCUCCCGACCCUUCGUGCUCACUCCUUCCUCGGCCGUCAGAAGCUCGUGCACCUGAAGAUCAACGGAAGUCGAAUUAGGGAGAUACAGCCGCUCGCGUUUAAUACGCUACCAAAUUUGGAGGUUCUCGACCUCUCCGACAACGAACUUGAGCGAAUGACAGGAGACGAGCUCCAGAAAUCUCCAAACAUCCGAGAGCUCUAUAUUCAUGGGAAUCGACUGUCCGACAUUGACGAUUCUCUCAUCAAGAAGGUUCCAAAAAUUGAGAAGCUGAGCCUUCACAACAAUCAUCUGGAGGACGUCUCAUCGGCAUUGGAUGCGGCUUCUGCUCUAUCGUCGAUUAGUCUCUCCUCGAAUCCAUUUCGAUGUGAUUGUGGGACACGAUUUAUGGCACAACAGUGGAUUAGUGAUCAUCGGGAAAAGGUCCCCGACUACGCACGAGUCCUGUGCGUCGAAAACGUGACCCGUGCAUUUCGCGAAAACGACACGACAACCCUCUCCGGUCAUACACCGAAUCUGGGCGAUGAUCUGGUGCAAAUGUCGAUGGAUGACUUUGUCCGUGAGAUGAACCGUACCCUCUGUGUCCCGCUUGACAAUGGUCUCUUCGGUGCUGAGCCGUCAUCAUCAAUGCUGGUGAUCUGUCUCCUCGUUGCUGUCAUCCUUCUACUUCUCGUGUGUCUCUGCUGGGCUAUAGUGCGACGGGCGCAGUGUUCGAUGGAUCAGAGGAGAUACAAAGCCCCGUCCUCCCUCAACUGCUCAUCUACCACCGGCUCAUCUCCACUCCCAAUCCCGUUAAUCCCGAAUCCCGACGCGUUCGUGUCGUACGCAAAAAAGGACGAGAAAUGGGUGGAGGAGACUUGUCGAGAGUUGGAGCAGGCAGAUUAUCACCUAUGUCUUCUACAUCGGGAUGGGCCGGCUUACAAUUCGAAGGUUCACACCAUCCAGGACGAACUGAUCGCCCAAAUGGAGUGCUCGAACGCGUUGGUGUUGUUCCUCACCCGGCAUUUCUUGGAAAAUGAGUGGCAAACGCUGCAAAUAAAGACGAGUCAUCAGCUGUAUUCGAAGAACAGGGCCAAGAAGAUCAUUGCCGUCAUUGGUGAUGAUGUUGACACGAAUCGACUGGACGAUGUCCUGGGCGGAAUGCUUCGUCAGCAUGAACGAUUACCGAGAUCGGAUCCAAUGUUUUGGCAACGGUUACGGGCACUUCUUCCAUCCCGACAGGCCUACUGUAGAUCGUCGAAUACCUCAUCGCAGGUGUACUCCGACUUGUACGGUCCCGUUCCAUCCGAGAUGGUC